AAAAAACCCACAUCUUCUUAAAAUUUGAACCCUCACAUUUUUCCAUUUCUGCCUCUAUUUAAACCUCUGUGUGGCCUCUUCAAGUUGUAAUCAAACAGACUUCUUCUCUUCCUUUGUUCUGGGUUGCCCACCACCAGUUCGACAAAUGGCCUCAAUGGCCAAUCUCUUUGUUUUUAGCGUUUUUCUUCUAUUUGGCUCAUGGGUUUCAGCCAAUGCCAAUGGACUGUCUGAAGAGAAGGUUGCUGUUUACCCCCACGUUCCAGUUCCAGUAACAGCUCCUUCCCCUCCAGUUUACAAAGCACCGUCGCCAGCGCCGCCUGUGAAGCCACUCCCACCGCCAGCUCCGCCUGUGAAGCCACCAACAACCCCUGUUUUGACACCACCGCCAGUUAAAGCACCAUACACCCCUGUUCCACCUGUUAAGCUUCCACCACCUCCUUAUACUCCUUCUCCACCGGUGAAGCCGCCGUCUUCUCCUCCGCCACCAGUGAAGGCACCGUACACUCCUCCACCGGUGAAGCCACCGUCUUCUCCUCCUCCGCCGGCUAAAGCUCCUUACACUCCAUCUCCUCCUGUGAAGCCACCUUACACCCCUGUUCCACCCGUGAAGCCGCCGCCGUCUCCGGCAGCUCCCAGGCCACCACCAGUCUUUGGCAAGGCUUGUUCCGCAAAGUGUGGAAGAAGAUGCCAACUUCAUUCAAGGAGAAAGAUAUGCAUAAGGGCAUGCUUGACAUGCUGCUACAGGUGCAAGUGUGUUCCACCAGGGACAUACGGCAAUAGAGAAGUCUGUGGAAAGUGCUACACUGAUAUGACUACUCAUGGCAGUAGAAUCAAGUGUCCUUAAGCUUAAGCCAUCACAAACUAAGAAAAAUGGAGUUACCAAGAGCAUACACACUUUUUUAUUUCAUAUUUUCUUGAAGGCUUUGUGUUCUGCAAGCUGGUUUGCUUCAAUGAGGAGAGUCAGAAAAUUAAUUGGGUUUUCUACUUUUCCAAUUGGGUCAGAUUAGGCCAUAGGCUGCUCAUAAUUGUAUGCUCUGUUUUAUUGUUGUGUUUGAAUUUGAUGUAUGAUAAUGAUGGUAAGGUAUGGAUUAAUCUAUCUAGUUUUGUUUUUUUUCCAACUUGUGUAAUUCAACUUGGAUUUGGGUAGCCUUUUGUUA